AGGUGUGCCUAGGUGUAACUCAGCUGCAUUCAGAUGUAUCCCAGGUGUGCCCAGUUCCUGUCGCUGUGCGCGCCGCUGACGCAGGAGCACCCCGAGGUGCUGCCGUUCCUGAGCUCGCGGCACCUGCGGGCCCACCCCGACUUCCGGGGCUCGGCCGAGUUCCGGAACAUUCUGGGCCGGCUGCUGCGGCGCGUGCGGGGCCGGCGCCGCAAGGUCUACGUCUACAUCAACGAGCUCUGCACCGUGCUCAAGGCGCGCGCGCUGCGCCGCCGCCUCCCGCUGCGCGCCCCGCCCGCCGCGCUCCAGUGCCCGCCCGCUUCCCACCGGCAUUCCCACGGAGCGCCCCAGUGUCCUGACGGAGCGCCCCAGUGUGCCGUCGGAUCCUCCCAGUAUCCCGAUGGAGCGUCCCAGUGUCCCGAGGGAGCGCCCCAGUAUCCCGACGAAGCGUCCCAGCAUCCCCCCAGCUCAUCCCAGCACCCUCCCAGUUCAUCCCAACAUCCUCCCAGUUCAUCCCAGCAUCCCCCCGGUUCAUCCCAGUGCCCUCCCAGUGCCUCCCAGUGCCCGCCCGGUUCAUCCCAGCCUCCCCCCGGGGCCUCCAGUUCGUCCCAGUAUCCCGACGGAGCUGAGCCGUCCCCGUGUGCCACCAGUUCAUCCCAGUAUCCCGCCGGGGAUCCAUCCCAGUAUCCUGGAACUCCAUCCCAUUAUCCCGGUGCUUUGUCCAGCGAUGCCGGCGCUCCAUCUCAGUAUCCCAAUGGUUCAUCCCAGUGCUCCAGCACCUCGUCCCAGUAUCCCGGCGGUUCAUCCGGCGAUCCCAGUGCCUCAUCCCAGUAUCCCGGUGGCGCCUCCCACUGUCCCAGCACCUCAUCCCAGUGUCCCGGCGCUCCAUCCCAGUAUCCCGGCAGUUCGUCCGGCAACCCCAGUUCUCCAUCCCGGCAUCCCAGCGCUCCAUCCCAGCAUCCCGGCGCUCCACCCAGCAACGCCGGCGCCCCGCCGCAGCCCGGCGGCGCCUCCGAGGGCUCCCCGCGGCGCACGGGCGGCUCGCGGCGGCAGAUCCGGCACCUGGAGCACCUGCUGCGCGUCUACGCCAGCGAGAUCCGGCGGCUGCAGGAGCGCGAGCUGGACCUGGCCGAGCUGGACAGCGCCGACUCGCCGUACCUGCAGGAGAACCGCCUCAAGAGGAGGAUGAUGCGCAUCUUCCGCCGCCUCUGCCAGCUCAAGGACUGCAGCAGCCUGACGGGGCGCGUGCUGGAGCAGCGCAUCCGCUUCCGCGGCACGCGCUACCCCGAGGUGAACCGCAGCAUCGAGCGCUUCAUCAACCGGCCCGACGCCUUCCCCGACUACUCGGACAUCCUGCGCGAGAUCCGCGGCGCCAGCGCGCGCCACGGGCUGGGGCUGGGCCGGCGGCAGAUGGAGAACAUGGCCCAGGAGGCCUUCCGCGAGGUGGGCAACCGGCUGCAGGAGCGGCGCCACCUCGACCUGGUCUACAACUUCGGCAGUCACCUCACCGACCAGUACCGGCCAGGCAUGGACCCGGCGCUGUCGGACCCCGAGCUGGCGCAGCGGCUGCGGCGGAACCGGCGCCUGGCCCUGGCCCGGCUGGACGACGUCAUCGCCCGCUUCGCCCAGCGCCAGGAGCGGCACCGCGAGAGCGAGAGGAAAAGGAGAAGAGGAAGAAUUGGGGGAGGAACAGCAGGAAAAGGAGAAGGAAGUGAAGGAGGAAGAGGAGGAGGAGGAAAUCUGGGAAAAGGGGGACCCCCCCCCCUAAAAAUUCUUUAUCCACAGAGGAAGAAAGAGGAAGAGGAGGAGGAAGAGGAGGAGGAAGAAGAAGAAGAAGAUGAGGAGGAGGAGGAAGAUGAAGAGGACGAGGAAGAAGAGGAAGAAGAGGAGGAGGAGGAAGAAGGAGAAUCCUCCGAGGCUGAAGGGCGGGUGAAGGUCAAGGAGGAAGAGGAGACAGAGGAGGAGGAAGAGGAGGAGGAAGGAAGAGAAGCCACGGCAGCACAGGGUGCGGCCGAUCCGGGGGUCCCGGCGCUGCCCCUCCCCCCCCCCGCGGCCGAGGGAGGGGGGGGGGGGUCCCGGGAGGGGUCGCGAGCCCCUCCCCUCCCCCAAACCCGAACUUUUCGUGCUGGAAAUCGAAACUUUCCCGCUGGAGCCGAGCGAGACCCCUCCCCCCUCCCCCUCCCCCUCCCCUCGCCCCGCCCUGGGCGGCUCCGAGGCCACGCCCAAAACCACGCCCCCCUCCCCCCCUUCCCCUCCCCCCUUCCCGCUGGAUUUGGGGGCGCGGGGGGGCCACAAGCGCCCCUCCCCCCCCUCCCCGUGCCCCUCCCCCCCCAGGGCCGCGCUGGGGGGAGGGGCGGGCGCCGCCAUCAGCUCCACCUCCCUCAAUGGGGGAGGGGCCGCGACCCCCCCGGGACCCCCGCCCAGGAAACGGAGCCGGAUGGAGCAGCCCGGGGGGGGCAGCCUGGCGGUGCCCGGGGGGGGCUCGCAGGGGGAGGGGCCGGAUUUGGGGGGUGCCCCCCCCUCGCCCCUGCCCGACUCCACCCGCGCCGACUCCCCCGGGGGGGACCUGGUGAGCUCCUCGCAGGGGAGCCCCCCCCGGGCAGCGCCCCGCGCCUGCAAGGCCAGCGUGGGAACGCAGUGCGACCCCGAGGAGAUCAUCGUGCUCUCGGACUCGGAUUAGCCCCGCCCACCUACGAUGGCCACGCCCCCGCCCGCCAGACCCCGCCCAUUGUGCGCGCAGACCCCGCCCCUUUGGCCCCGCCCCCUCAAUAAACCCCGCCUUUUGUUUAA